AGACAUGAGGUCCUGGAAAAGAGCACCGCAAGUGCUGAAAAUUAAAGAUCGUCAGCGUGUGUUCAAGGUCCCGAGGGAACAGCUUGAGGAUCAGUGUCUUCGUCUGCAGGAAGAAAACACACUUCUCAAACAACACACUCGUGUACAAGAGAAGAAACUACGCAGGCUGUCAACUAAGGUGUUAAGGUUGAGAUAUGGGCAUCCAGGCUCAGCUGGGGGACGAGAAGCUGACACAGAAGACACCAUUCAGGAACUGGAAGCUCGUGUGGCCACUCUAGAGAGCCAGAAGGAGGCACUGCAAAGCAAACUUUGCGUGGCCAGACAGCAAAUCCUGGGUCUGACUGGACGAUCUCACCACCGACCACGCACUGUGCGGGGCGUGGAGGGAGAUAGAGAGAUCAGACGGGCGGCCCAAACAGCCCCUGCCCGCUAUGCACAUAGCUCUCUGGAGGACACCAGAGAAGAGAUUGAGAGAUUCAGAUCUAGUGUUAUAGAAACGCAGCAGAGGAGGGUAACAGAGCUUGAGCUGGGUGCUCAGUCCCUCAGAGACACCCUUAAAGGAAAGGAAAGAGAAAUAGAGGAUACAAUGAAAGAGCUCCGCAGACAGCAAGCUGAUGGACGCAGAUUCAACAUAAAAGAUAAUGUAGAUGUGAUCAGACUGCAGAAGCAACUUUCUGACAAGAGCACGGCCCUUCUGGUCAUUCAGGAGAAGUUUACUGUUCUACAAGAGGCUUAUGAGGCCCAGCUGGAGGAGGGUCAAAAGUCACUACGGGAGAACCAAGGAGCCUUGCUGGGAAAGGUGGAGGAGUUGAAUGAAGAACUGAAACAGGAAAAACAGAGAGUGCUGACACUAGAGGCUCAGCUCAGCACUGCCACUUUCUCACUGCAAGGCCUUGAAGAGCUACAAGAGAGAGUCUCAGACCUUGAAGUGGAGAGGAACCUCCUGAAAAGAAGCUAUGAUUCUCUUCUAGAGAGCACUCUGUCUGCCCAGAGCCACCAGGAAGAACACAAGGAUAAAGAAAGAGAGAGGGAGCAACUGAGAGAGGAAACGUGGAGAGCUGAAGUGCAGAAGCUUGAGAAGAAGCUGGAAGAGGAGCAGAGACAAAGGGAAAUACUGGAGCAAGAAAAAGAAAAGAUGAAACAAGAGUAUGAAAGGAUUGAGGAAGAGAGAGAGCAGGAGAGAUCCCUGACCACUGCCCUCAGAGAAAAACAUGUGUGCAUGGAGCAGGAAAUGCUACAACACAGACAUGAAGUGACAUCUUUACAAGAGAGACUGGACAGAGUGACAAAAGAGUUUGAUAUGAGUGUAGAAGACCUAAGUGAAACUCUGAUACAGAUAAAAGCUUUUAGGCUGCAGCAGGAGAAUCACAAGUGGUUGUGUUUUUCGGGGGCUGAUGAGAAGGUGGAGGAUUGCUCUCGAGAGCUGGCUGCUCUGCAGGUCUCACACGCAGAAACAGUGCUAGAGAUGCAGAAAACUCGAGACCUACUACUUGUGCAACAUCGACUCAGUAACGACCUGCAGGCUGAGUUGAAGAUAGAGGUGGAGAGAGCUGCAAGAGAAAGAGAGGAGAACAGAAAGCGGUUCACUGAAAAAGACAAACUGCUGAAAAGCAGGGCUCUUCAGAUCAACAGCUUACAAGCUCAGCUAAAAGACUUCACCUAUGGUCCUAGAAACUACAGUCGGAUAAUACCACAUCAGUACACGUGGACGGGGGUGGAUCAGGAGUUAAUCCAGCCAAUGGAGGAGAACACCAUCUUCUCCCGACUGCAGGAGGGAGAAUCCCUGCUUGAAAUCCAUCUUUUAGGAGCCACUUUCACCCCUGUGGGACUGAGGGUCAUGACAAAGGACAGAGGAAUGGACUCUGGGGGUCACCAUGAGGUUAUGACAUUUUGCACCUAUUCAUUCCUAGAUUUUGAGAUGCACUCAACCCCACUGGUUUCAGGGGCACAGCCAAAUUAUGGCUUUACAUCCUGCUAUGGCCUUGCUGGGCGUGAUCUCACCAAGCUCGGUGGUCAGGGAACGUGUGUUCAUGCUGAAUUACAUCAGGCACUGGGAGGGGUGCAAUUCAUAACCAGGGGCAGAGCAAGGAUUCCCCUGAUGGGGGUGCUACAGCGCAGAGGAGAACAAAUAAAAGGCAGAGCCAAUAUAACAGGGUCAGAGGGCGAGAUAAUUGGGGUCCUGGAAUUCUGGGUGCGUCUGUGCCCUCAACUGGAGCCAACAGACACUCACAAAGACAAAGUCACAGACAGAAUGACCAACAGAUGGCCAAUACACACAGCUAUGGAUGGGAGUCAUGUACAGCCAGAGACUCAAGAGUUAUUUGACUAUGGUGGAGGGAUACCAAAUGAGCUGAUGGUGGUACUGGAACGAUGUGUGGGUCUCAGUGCACGCUGGCCGGGACUUCUUCCUGAUGCUUAUUUAACUUAUCGCCUUUAUGACCUACCUCCUCACUCCACACCCAUAGUACCAUGCUGUGCAGACCCUGUGUUUGCAGACUCCACUAUCUAUCCACUUGCAGUCACAGCAGAUCUGAUGGAAUACCUGAAGGUGGGCAGCCUAUGGGUGUAUGUGUUUGAUGACAAUGAAGGCCAAGCUCAUAAUUACCUGGCCAAGACACCCGUUCCACUCCGGGCCUUGACAACUGGCAGACCGAUUAAAGGUGAUUAUGUCCUGAGGGACCCUGCUGGGGGACCUAGAGGCACAGCGAGGGUGCAUCUUCAGUGGAGGUACCCCUUCCAAUCACCAGAAAUUCUUUCUAGACCAGGAAGAAAGGAAAGAACAGAGAGGCUGGAGAAGACUGAAGACAGAACUGAAGUUGGAACUGAAGUUUUACAGAGGCCGAUCGCUAAGCCCAGGUCAAAAGCAGCUCAACAAAAGCUGAGUCCUCGCAAAGAUGAAAGGGACCAGCCACUGCCCCAGCCUCCAUCAAUCAAAAUACAUAGACCUGAGAGCUCAGUACGUACCCAAACUAUUCACAUGAAGUCACGCAGCAAGGGUCUGGUUAAGCCCAGCAGGUCACCUGAUUUUGACCAUACUACAGACAUAUGGUCGCCAGUCUUCUCAAGCAGCCAGCAGAGGAAAUCAGGAAGUGAUUCAAGAGUACAAGCUAUAAAAUCAGUGAAACAGGAAGAAGAGGAAGAAGAACAGAUGUCUAGGAGUGGGAAAACUCCAAAGGACAUUGAGGAAGUCUUGGAGUCUGAGGAAUCAAGUGCCUCAAGCGGUAGUGAUGUCAUUAUAAUACCUCAACCACCAAAACCCAUCAAAAAGGGGGACAGACUUAGAGUGGAGAUCUUAUCACUUUUGUUUGACCCUUCCUCAAGUGUUGCUUUGAACCAAUCAGUGCAGCAAGUCUAUGUGGAGUACCGCCUCUUUGGUGUUCCCAUGGAGACCACAGAAACCCCCAUGUCUCUGCGGAAACCAACAGAGGGAGAGGAAAUACAUUACAAUUUUACCAGAGUCAUACAUGUGGACACCAUGGAAGCGGCUCCUCUGAGGCGCUUUCUUUACACUAUGCUGCAAGGCACUGAUCCCAACCAGGGCAGGUUAAAGUUCACUGUUGUGAGUGAGCCACUGAAUGAGGAAGAUGAGUGUAAAGAUGUUGGCCAAGCCCACCUGGACUUGCAGGAACUUCUGCUUACAGGAAAUGAUGUAAUUGAACGGCAAAUUGACAUUUUCAGUAUGGAUGAUGAGCAGGAGGUAGUGGGGAAGCUGCGAGUGUCUCUAGAAGCUGCUCAGGCUUUAACAGGAAUCUACUGGGAGUACCAAGACCAGAAGCAGAAGAAAGAUGCAGAGGCAGUGACAGAGGACAAAGAGGAAGAGGAAGAGGAGGAGGAGGCGCAGAGAAAAGAAACAAUAAAGAAAGGCAAAGAUAUGCAAGUGAUCGAUUUUGAUGUUGAUGAUUUUUUCUGAAAAACUUAAAUGUGAAGUGUUUAUUUUAAACUUGAUGUAAAGAAAGAUUUCUUUUAAUCUGAAUAUAAAGACUAUUUUGAUAGUGAUGAUUUUGGGCUAUUGUGAAAUUGUCACUCUUACGUGGCAUGCCUCUGCCAUUGACAUUUACGAAGUAAAUCAUUCACUUUUUGCCUGUAGACACUGGAUUC